AUGAGUGCGAUUGAGCGCCCUAAACCUGGUGAUGAUGAAGAGGAUUUACUCAGACAGCAGGAGGAAUAUUUCAAGAAACGCGUUACGCCUUCCGUCCGUGUUGUUAAUAAACGUAAAUGUGAUCAACCAAACGUAUCAGAAUUUGCCAAGGCAAGACACAAGAAAAAGAUGCCUGUGCAUACAGUUGUGCAAUCAGUUUUAAGUGAAGUAAAGGAAAAAUUGCCACAAUGCAACAACUGGUCAUUUUCUUGCUCAAGUUCCAAAGAGGGAUUUCCUGAAGUUUUUGCAAGAAAUGAAACUGUUACUGGUUUAGGCACGAGUAUCUUCUCACAGCAUGUAAAUGUCUUAAAUCCACUAAACCAUGAAAAUAGUUUAAAACCUUCAGAUUGUGCUGGAACUGAGAAUGAAGUUGUGAAAACAAUAGGGAGUAAAAGUUAUAUUUUGUCUGGAAAUGAUUCUAUGGAAAUCCACCAAGAGAAUGUGAAGAAAUUAAGUGAAAUGUCUAUGGAGGAAAUUUGUGCUGAGCAGAAGAAACUGAAAGAAACUCUUGAUCCAAAGCUUUUGCAAUUUCUGUUAUCACGACGCAAAAAAUAUGAAAAUAAUGAUAAUUGUGAUAUGGAAAGUGAAGAAAUUAAAAAUAAUAUGUGUGAUAAUCCAUGUUUUGAAGUUGAGGGUACAGAUCAGACCUCUGCUGAAUUCAUUAAUGUUCUAUGUGAUAGUGAAAAUAAAUGGUUGCAUAUGAAUGUUGUAGAAGAAGAAAAAUUGCAAUGGGUUGGUGACAUUGCUCCUGCUGAACCAGUUAAUGCUGACCAUCAGUAUAAUGCUAGGUUUGACUUUCAAGGUUUGUUAAUGCCAUAUACUUUAAAAGAAAUUGAUGUUCGUCAGGGCCUUUAUCACCAUGGAAUGGAGCAGCAAAGACCAGGAUAUUCCAUAGAAGAAUUGUACCAGCUAUCAAGAAGUACUGUUUUACAACAAAGAAUUAUAGCACUAAGUACCAUUGGAAAUAUUCUAGAAAAAAUCAAAAAAGGAUUCUAUGAUGUAUGUUUCAAUGAUAAUUUAUUAUCUAAAUUCCUUGAUCAUGAUCUUUUCCUUCUAUUGCGAUUUGCAAUUGAUGAAAAUACUGAAAUUCAGUUAGUAGCAUCGUUAUUUGCUCUCAAGAAUUUGCUUUGUUCUGAUGUUGAUGAAUUAUGUCUGGAUAGAGCAAUGGGUUGCAGGAAAAGCAUUUGGCAGCCUUGUCUCUUUGUAAUGAACACUUUGUCAGAUGAACAGGAACUGAAGGAGUCUGAGGAUGAACUCAAGGAUUAUAAAAUGCUUAAAAUUGAUGUUAUUAAAGGUGCUCUACGUACAGAUAUUAUUCUUAGAAUAAGGUACAUUUUGGAAGUACUAAAACCUGGACCAAAGGCUACUAUAUUGUGCUUAGAAAUCCUUACAAGGAUUGUCCGACAUUCAUAUGAAAGUGCCUUAGCAAUUACGUGCUGUCCUCGUCUAAUGAAAGUAAUAGUAACAAAUUUCAUCCCUAAAAAUUGGAGCACAAUGGUGGAUGAUGUAAGACCAUUAGAUAUGCAAUCUGUUUAUAACACUCCCUUAGCUGAGGCACUCAAAUUAUUGAGGAUUAUUGCUUGUCACUCUCUCAAACUAGCUUCAGAUCUUGUUCAUAAAUACAGUAUAAUGGAGUCUGUAAUCAGCUACAUAAGUAUAGAUCCAAAGGAAUGUCCGAUGCCAUUCAGAGAAGUGCUUAAUCUUAUCUUGGAAAGUUUUUAUAUUUGGCAAACCUUUUUGGCUUAUAACUUGGCCACGCAUUAUUUUAUAGAUGUGUACCCUCUUCUCAUGAGACUUUUGCAAUUUCAUUACAACACAACCUCUAUGGAGAAUUCCAGUUCUUCUUUUAGCUAUGAACAUGGAACAGCCCUGAUCUCUCUUAUUGAGCAAGCUGUUCAUACCUCUCAGUCACAAUUUGAAAAUAAUCAUCAUUCAUCAAGAACUUUGUCUUAUUGCCAUGUUAAAGAUUUUGCUGGAACAUUGGAAGUGUGCUUGUCAAAGUGGCUUAGUCAGCUUGGAAAUGCAACAGAUGUAACAUUCUCAGCUAUGAAAUUGGUAGGAGCAACUUUCAAUUGCCUUGCUUCACUGUAUAGUUUCCACUUAGUUCAGGCAGAUUCUGACAUUGUGUCUUGGCUUAGCAACCUAGAAAGCUUUUGUGAAUUGAAAGUAUUGCAAUAUUUGAAAAGUGAAGGAUUUAAGAAAGCAACUGCCAGUCUACAAAACAGCUCUUGUCUCCUAUACACAGGAGAGGUUGGAUCAAAGCGUAGCCCAGCUUCUUUGCCCUCUCUUGGAGCUCUUUUGUGGAAGGGUGAAAGUUUGACUCCAGUGUUGCAGCCUAAAUCACCAAUUGCUUUGUUGGGUGGUCUAUUAAAUUUCCUAGUAGUUGCUUACACUAAACAUAAAGGAUUAAACUCGAAGUAUGUAUCAGCAUUAAUGGAAGAUUCAGCAUUUAUUGAUUAUAUAAAAUGCAUUAAUGAAAAAGCAUCGCCUAAGCUAGCUUCACAUUGGUUUGCACGUUUGGAAGUUGACCUGUUAACUUCUUUUCUAAAAAUAACUUAUCUUAAGAGUUUUCAUUUGAACUUGAUUCAUCUAAUGGCAUUUAAAUUAGUCACUCUAAUUCAGAGAGAUGAAAAAUAUCUUCUGCAUGAUGUAAUGAGUCAGAUUGUUUUCAAUGCUGAUUACUUUCAAAAUUCUUGUGCAAUUAGUGAGAAGAUGGCAGCUCUACAAAUUGAUUCAUCUCAAUCAAAAGUUGUACCAAAGGAACAUCUUAUUUUGAUGACUUGUCAAGAAUUACCAGCACUGUGGAAUUGUUAUAAAGAAUAUCUGAAUCUUGGUGAAGAUCUAACACUCAGUAAUCAUAUGGCUACAAAUAACCUUACUGCCACCAAGCAGGGUUCAGAACUCUUUUUACCAGCUGAUUGGUCAUAUUUACCUAUAAUCCAUCUUAACAAUAACAAAGGAACUGAACAAAAAUUAUAUUCUGACUCCUCCUCCUCCUCAGCAGCAGCAGUAGCAGCAGUUACAACUGCACUCAAAUGGGUGUUUUUAGUGGAAGAGUUGCGGCCAGAUAUUACUGUUACAUUGAAUGUAACUGACAAAUAUUGUCGUUUAUCAACAGUGUUUCUUUGUGGAAGUGAUCUCUUUUUGGAUCCCAUUAUUCAUGAAUUACUCUUUGCUUGCUUUAGAAGACUGAUGCAAGAUUACCAGAAGAUAAAAUUUCCUUCAUCAUUCUACGAAAUGUACACUCAGUUACUGGAGCAGUUUGCAGCUGUUUCAUAUGGAGACAAUUUAUUUGGUCACUUCCUGCUUGUUCCCCUACAACAGCGACAUAGUACAGAUCUUCGUAAACAAGUGUGGAGUGAACAUGCUGCUGUUCUGAGAAUCCUUAGCACACCAGUACAACAACUCCUGUUUCCUGUGAAUGAAAUGUUAGAGCCUUGUGAAGUGGAUGAGUCACUUCUACUGACCUAUUUGCAUUGCCUUGCAACGGGAACUGUUCGGGAAAUAUGGUGUCCUGUUUUAUAUUUGACUGCAAUGCAUCAUGUUGCUACAUUUAUUAAUUUACAUAAUGAAACAGACUUGGCAAAACGAAUGAAACUGAGGAUUUCAAAACUUGGGAAUAAGGAGUUACAAUCACUACUUGUUAAUUACAAGCAAGCAAGUAAAUAA